ACCUAAUGAAUAUAUAUAGCGAUCGAAGAAGAACGAGUAGACUAAGAAGCAGAGGAGGAAGAAGAUGAAUCAGCCUCCGGAGAACGAGGUUUGUUCGAUAUGCCAUGGCAAUUUCAGUGCUCCUUGCCAAGCCAAUUGCUCCCACUGGUUCUGCGGAAACUGCAUUAUGCUUGUUUGGAGGCAUGGAUCUACAUUACGCCCAUGCAAAUGUCCCUUGUGCCGUCGUCCUAUUACUUUGCUUGUUCCUUCUGAGGAUACAUCGAGAGGUAGAGAUGACCCUACAGUUUCAGAGGUUCUUAGCGAUGUUCAAACUUACAACCGAGUCUUUGGUGGACAAUCAACUGGUCUGUCUCAGAGGAUUCAAGACCUUCCCUUCUUACUCCGAAGGCUAUUAAGAGAAAUCAUGGAUCCACAAAGAACGCUUCCACUCGUCAUCAAAGCUCGUGUUUAUAUUGCGUUGAUACUCAGUGUGAUUUACAUAAUCAGCCCAAUAGAUAUCAUUCCUGAAGCACUCUUUGGGAUUAUUGGCUUGCUGGAUGAUGUAAUCAUAGCCCUGAUUUUUCUUCUCCAUGUUGCUGCUCUCUAUCGAUCCGUUCUCUAUUCCCGUCAUGGUGGUUCUGCUUCAUGAAUCUCUCUCAAGUUCUCACAUCAAGUGACAUGGCUUAACUUGUUUGGCCUUUUUUUUUUUUUUUUUGGUCAAAAGUUUGGCCCUUUUUUGUUAUGUUCAUGGUUUUUCUGUUACAAAACUUAGAUUAAAAAAAGCAUUUCUUUUAUUUUA